CUUAAUCCUUUACACACAAUAUUUGUUUCGAGUUUUCACAAUAACCCAUACAAGAAAACGAAAGCGAGGGAAAAACUAAAGGAAUGUAAAGAUUUCGAAAGUGGGCAAAAAGAUGCCUCUCUGAAGAACUGAACGGCGAGAUUCCCUCAAGUUCCCAGAUAGAAGAACCAAACUAAAACCCCAUCUCCUCAACUAACCAAAAUCUCAAGCCCCUUUCAAAUUUCAGCCGACUCCAAAACUUCCCAUGUAGGAAAAAUUACAAGAACAGAAGCAGAAGCUGGAACUCUAAAUCUCUCUUAUUUUUCAACACUGGGUUGUUCAGCAAACCAUGAGAAAUCCCCUUGUCUUCCUCGCUUAUGUAGUAGCAAUCGUUAGUUUCCAAGCUGAUUCUGCUCCUUCUGGACCAUUGGCAAGGCACUUGUCUUCUCUUCUUAAAUGGACUGGGUCUUCUUCCAAAACUCCUCAACCAGAUGGGAAUGCUAUUCAGUUUGAGAGUGGUUACUUAGUUGAGACUAUUGUAGAGGGAAAUGAAAUUGGAAUGGUUCCUCAUAAGAUACGUGUCUCGGAGGACGGUGAACUCUUCGCUGUUGAUUUGCUUAGUAGCAAUGUUGUCAAGGUUUCUCCGCCAUUAUCUCGAUAUAGUAGAGCAAGAUUGGUUGCCGGGUCUUUCCAGGGCUACAAAGGGCAUGAUGAUGGGAAACCAAGUGAUGCUCGUUUCAAUCAUCCGAAAGGCGUAGCUUUGGAUGAUAACGGAAACGUGUAUGUUGCUGAUACCUCAAACCUUGCCAUCAGAAAGAUUGUUGAUUCUGGUGUGACAACAAUUGCAGGAGGCAAGACUAAUGUUCCAGGCUAUAGUGAUGGGCCUGGGGAGGAAGCAAAGUUUUCGAACGAUUUUGAUAUCAUAUAUGUCCGGCGUAGCUGUUCGUUGUUGGUCGUUGAUAGAGGAAACGCUGCACUCCGUCAAAUAUCUCUUAACAAGGAGGAUUGUGAUAAUCAAUAUGGCUCAGUUUCUACCUCAGAUGUCGCAAUGUUCAUCGGUGCUCUUUUCGUCGGAUACGUUACGUAUAUGCUUCAACAUGGAUUUGGGCUGUCAUUCUUCACUCUUAUGAUGCAGAGUGAACACUCGGAUACCGAAACUAAAGAACCGAGCAAGGGAAAACACACUCAGCUUGUAGACCACAUGAAAGAGGAAACAUGGUGGGUGUCAUUUGGACGGGCCAUUAUGGAACUUUCCAAGCAACUAAUCGAAACAUUGCCCGACAACCUCAAAUCCUUUGUUCCCUCCUACUUUAGAUCAGAUGAGAACCACAAGAAAGGUCUUACCCCUCUGAAAGAUGCUCUCAAGAUGCCAAAAGAUGAAAUAAAAAACAAUGUGUCCUUGAAAAAGAGAAUUAUCACUCCUACCUCCGAAACCAAGCAUGCCUCUUUUUCAAAUGCUCAUGCCAAAUCUGAUGAAAUGAAGCCACCAAAAAUGAAGUCAAGCAGUUCCAAGACCCCUCCCUCUCUCUUAAACAAGCACAGCCAUUCAGGACAACAAGAGUACGCCGAGUUUUACGGGUCCAGCUUGGUCUCUUCCUCGCAUAGUAGGUCCAAAGGCCAGAAGGAUAGAUCAAGACAUCGACAGAAAGAAAAAGGGUCGGAACUUUUAGCGGCCGUACUCAGUGCUGAACCGAAACCUGCAGAGAUGAAGACGGAUUAUAGCGAUGCGAAGUUUGGCCAGUUCAACUUCAGGAAUAAGUACAGAUUUGAUUCUUCCAGCUUCCAUUUCUGAUUAUCUUGACUAUAAAGCCGGGAGUACACAGAUGACCUCAGUUUUCUGCAAGUUUUUUACAACUUUUUAACUUCCUCAAAGAAGAUGGAUGAACAUUCUUGAAGAAUAGAUUAUGAAGAAACUUGAAGAUUGAGCUUCAAUGUCUUCUUUUAGCAUGUGUUAUCCUUUUGUAUCCAUUUAAUGUAGGCCAAAUUUUACAUUGGCUUGUUGCUACUCUUGAGAAUUAAUGGUCAUUUUGAUGAACCCACAAAUUUUUUGA